AUGGGAUUGCACAAGCGCCUGGAGAGGAUCCUGUCGCAUCACGAGGCUUCAAUCCAGACCAAUUGGCGACAGAAAUCAAGAUCUCAGAGACAAAAGGUUCUGAUCAACGCCUGGCCAGAUAUACCAUCAGUGCAUCGCCCAGACAUCGCAGUAUCUAUGAAUGGGGGCCUCAAACACCACGGCCAUGAGGUCAAGGCCACCUUUACCUGGCCAUACAUCAAUCUUGAAGACCUUCUUCGACCUAAGGCACUACUCAUCUUUCUCAACGCAAGGGCUCGCCAUUCCCCAGACAAGUUCGCGUACUUCGAUUUGGAGAUGGCGCCACUCUUCAAAUUGCGCAAAGAGUUUCUUGACCUUCGUCAAGACACCUUCACAAUGGAUUUCCUUGGUAGAAACACCUGCGACGAGUAUGGACAGUUGGUGGAGUGGGCCAGUCACGAAGAGCAACUGGAGUCUUUGCGUUCGGGGCACACUAUUCACGUCGAUCAUGGUAUUCAGAUCCUCACCAUCCAGCGAGGUAUCCUCAGAUUCCUCGACAAAUGUGUCUCCCAACUAGUUGGUGAUAUUGAGAUUCCAAAAAAAGCCCUCGAUACUUCGCUGGAACCAACUACCCUGACAGACAACACUGAUGGCUACUCAUUGCUGCACAUCAUCGCACGGGAGGCACCAUAUCGUCUACCAACUGAACUGGAUCUUAAUAGGCUUAUAGCACUGACAUCUGCUCAAAAGCUUCAAGCUAUUGAGCAUGCUUGGGGCUUACGGGAAGACCCUGCUUACUUUGCCGACGCGGUUGAACAGCAACGAGAUCAUAGAAACGAACUCAUUCCUGAUCUGGCUGGUAAACUUCAUGAGCAUGCUGGGGAUUUUUCGCUUUAUAACAAGGCAUUGAGACACUUGAUCAUGGAUGCCCACUGCAUGAUCUUUAAUUGGGACCAUAUCUCGAAUAGCUUGUGUCGAUUACGCAAUCUGUCAACCAAGUAUGCCGACAUCAUCUCCGUGGAUUCAGAUCUACCCACCGGUCUUCUCUAUGAGCUUAUUGAGACGCGCUUCUUCAUUGAAUCUGUGAGCAUUGAUUUAAUCACUAUGACCAAGACUUACUUCCCGGCCUCUCCGCCUCUCCGCAAGCAUUCCUAUCGGGGUAAUCCAGAUGACCCGAACAAGCGUAGGAUUUCCGUAAUGCCUCGAUACAGUGAUUACAAAAAGUACGACGAUACUUUAGGUUAUCUGCUGCGCUUGAUCGAAAUGUUCAAAGAAAGGGGCCCAAGGGACCUCUUCACUCUCCACGUCAUUAUGGACGAGUUUGAGAGAUUCAUGCAAAGCGGCGCUCAAGCAAAAGCUCUUAUAUCACCUUUUAUGGCAAAUUUGCUCUCUCAACUCGCCAUACUUACAGAAUGUCUUCAUCACUUACACUGCUUCCAGCCAUGGGCUCGCAAGGUAGAGAAUGAGAUUGAGAAGAACUACAGAGUGCUUUCUGAUCGAUAUGAUGCUCUUCUCAUACAUUGGGCACGAAUUGAUCUGGCUCACCGAAGUUUCGAGAAACCAGAGCUGUGCAAGUUGGGUAGUCCAAGAGACGGCAAGUUUGACUAUCCAGUCCUCGAAAAGCGCACUCGCGCCAGCGUUGAGAAGAUGCGAUCUGCCGAAGCCGCGUUGGACAGGUUCUGGGAAGCAGCAAACGCACACUGGCUCCGAAUGGCUGGCAACACGCCGGGCGCCUUGAUCAAGGACAUUGUCGGCCAGCGAACCUUGUACAGGACUCCAAUUUGGGUGGAACCUCCUCCAAAGCUCCCGAAGUCCGUCAAAGGUGCGUUGGAUGGCAUUGCGCCUCCUGCACCGUUCUCCGGCCACGUGCACGACAGCAGCAAAGAGUUUACCGGCACAUUCACAAAGCCCUCUGUCCCCGCCAAGACAAAACACAGGAAAAAGAACCUUGAGGUGCAAGCCAACUUGCCUGAGCAGGCUACUGCUACUCCAGUCCCAGAGCCGAGUGCGGUGCACGCAGUUGACAAGAGGGCUCUCAAAGUCUUCAGAACACUGUUUCACUCCCCUGAUUCUCCGGAUCAGCCUGGUGGAAUAAUCUGGACCGACUUCCUCCAUGCGAUGGUGUCUGUUGGCUUCGGUGCAGAGAAGCUGCAGGGAUCUGCUUGGCACUUCACUCCUACUGCCUUGGGCGCUGAGCGAUCGAUACAGUUCCAUGAACCUCAUCCCGGCAACAAGCGCCCGUUCAUGUGGGCGAGAAGGUAUGGCCGCAGACUUACCAGGACUUUUGGAUGGACAGCUGGUACUUUCGAGCUUGCGUAG